CAACUGAAUUCUGCAGUGAUGUGGAAAUUAGCGUCUGUUUUCACUUUUUAUUCAUUAAUCUAAUAGGCAAUGCAAUGCAAACAACGAUAAUACGACAGAUUAGUAUUUUAGUAAUUUCUAGUGUAUUUGUAGUUGAAGUUUACUCGUCGUUCAACGAUGUCACAGACAAAGUUAAUGUCGGAUCAGUAGAUGGCAUACUAGCUGCCUUCGGUGACUUUAAUGGCGAUAAAACCACCGAUUUAUUUAUAAUAUCUCRACAAGGAAAGCAACUUGAUGUUUGGAGUUGGAAUCAGGGAACAUUAAAGUUCARGAAUUUUAGAUCAUUUGAAUUUACAGACAGAUAUAUAGUUAAUGUUGCACCUGGUGACUUUAAUGGCGAUGGUUGUCUUGACGUUGCCAUAACAACACAGGCAAGCCCACUGAAUUYRACYAAUCAAGAACCYAAGAAAGUGUAUAUUAGCUGGGGGAAUAAAAACAAAUUAACUACGGUCAAGGAGUCAUUUGUUUUUGAAGAGGAAUUCAAAGAUCAGCCAAGUAUUUUAGAUGUAAAUGGUGAUUUUAUUCCUGAUUUGUUUGGYACAAUCUACAAUAAGAACAAUGCAAGUCUUGAAAGAAGAGCCUACUGGAUCUCUGAAGGGAAGAACAAGAGUUUUGUAGUCCACCCACAAACAGCUAAUUUCACAACAAAAGAUGGGAAAAUACAAGAAUUACAGUUGAACCCAGUUAGAAUACCCAAUUCCAAUGGGUUUUUAGAUUUGACUGGUGACUUAACUGCAGAUUUGUUUGUGACUGCUGAGAACAAGUUUGAGAUMUGGGAAAACCAGGAUGGAGUGUUGAAGUAUAAGAGUCCUGACAUCGCARUACCUAAAGAGUUUAUACAUGUAGGACAGUCAGCAUUUGCAGACUUUGAUGGUGAUGGUAGACUGGAUCAUUUGCUUCCCGUGUGUCUAUCCAAGAACUGUGAACAAAGUGCAAUMUUUAUCUACACCAAGGACAAGUGGUCAACAGUUUUGGGUAGUUCUCAUAAAACUUGGCAGUUUAUACCUCCAUCCAGUGAUAGCAGUAUUCCUAAUGUCCCUACCAUGAGCAUCAAAAUAGGUGACUAUAAUAUGGAUGGAUAUCCUGAUGGUCUUGUUAUUGUGAAUGUGUUUCCUUCAAGRAGUAGAACUUUAACAAGAAUCCCAGUUCUACUGGAGAACAAGAAAUGUAAUGAUGGUCAUAACUGUGUCAAUGGAMGGACAUUUGAAAUGCAGUGGAAGCCCUUGACRUCACUAGAGAAUGCUGUUGUCGCUACUUUCUUUGACAUGUAUGAAGAUGGAACCACAGACUUCAUGAUAGUUACCAAGUCCAAGUCCAGGUUCCAUCUUCAUGCAGUCCACAAUAAUCUGUAUGUAGAUGCAUCAUUUCUAAAAAUACUUGUCUUGGGUGGAGCCACUCUUAGUUCUUGUUCUGGUACAACACUUCCCUAUGGUAUCAACCAAGCAGGACCGUUUGUAAAAUACACUAUGACAGAUAAAGACGGCAAAUUGAAGAAGGGAUCUGCGGCCCAACUUUCCCAGUCCAGUUAUUUCGCUCUCCAGUCUCCUUACAUUGUGUUUGGCCUGGGACGAACUCCAAACUUUGUGGAUGAACUCGUCGUUGGUAUGCCUCGCGCAAAAAACUCGCCUCAACGAAUUCAUACUUGGCAUCAAAUUAUUCCAAACUCUCAAAUGAUAAUCAUUCCUUAYCCUCCUGAUAAACCAAAUUCGUGGAAGACCAAACUCCUUGUAACACCAAGCAAACUUGUCUUACUUACCGCUCUUUGUUUGUUGGGAAUCUGUGUUCUUCUUGCUGUGGUUAUUGUUGCUCUUCAUCUUAUUGAAAAGAGAGCUGAUCAGAAAGAGAAGAGAGAAGAUGCACACAAGUUUCAUUUCGAUGCCAUGUGAUGUCCAGGCAAUGUGAUGUCCAGGCAGCUGGCCAUUUUUAUAAUUACCAAAUAAUAAUUUCCGAUCCAUAUUACAAUCGUAUGUAAUGAUAUGCCUUGGAUAUGAGGGUAUUUUCAUUGAUAUUUAAUACAAUAUUUAAAAUGGAAACAUUUGUGAAAUAUAAGUUGUAAAAACUCCCUCUGAGGGGAGGGUAAGGGCUUAUUUGCCUACUGGCGCAAUGAGUGUAGAUGAUGAYGUCSACGCCUUCUCACUUGGUGUUUAUAAACAUMACUGUAGAAACUUUUAUGGCGACARWUAAUUUUAUUUUGAUUAAGUAAUUUUAGGGAAACACAUAAUGUGGAAAUCAGUUAUUCUCSAAACUAGGUUCUAAAUAAAUUAAUAAACUGCGUUAUUGUAGAUAGCACGGGCAAUAGGRUAACAAAGUUCUCAGCCAAUCACGAAAGUUCAUUCUAAAAACUAAAUAGGAAUAGUAGGCUUGUCCAAAUCAAAAAAAUUGUACUCGUGGUUUCAAAUAUGAAAUAUCUAUUGUCAAUACAAGACCAAUAAAAGCUAUUUUAAGGAAUGAAAUGUUGAAAAAUGUUAGGUUGAUAUUAAAUAUUAAAAAAAAAUCAAAGACACCAAAA